CCGGGGGCCUCGGAGCACGGCGGAGCCAUGCCCAAGUCCCGGCGGGACCGAAAGGUCUCCCUGACCCGGACGCCCCGGAAGGGGCUGGAGGCCAAGCAGGCGCUGAUCACCGAGCUCCGCCGCUGUGUGGACACCUACAAGUACAUCUUCGUGUUCUCCGUGGCCAACAUGAGGAACAACAAGCUCAAGGAUGUCCGGAACGCCUGGAAGCACAGCAGGAUCUUCUUCGGCAAGAACAAGGUGAUGAUGGUGGCGCUGGGGCGGGGGCCAAGCAGCGAGUACAAGGAGAACCUGCACAAGGUCAGCAAACACCUGAGAGGGGAGGUUGGGCUGCUCUUCACCAACCGCACCAGGGAGGAGGUGGAUGAGUGGUUCUCCAAGUUCCGAGAGCUGGACUUUGCCCGCGCUGGGAACAAGGCACCGUACGGGGUGAGCCUGGACACGGGGCCCCUGGAGCAGUUCCCACACUCCAUGGAGCCACAGCUCCGGCAGCUGGGAUUGCCCACGGCGCUGAAGAAAGGGGUGGUGACGCUGCUCUCGGAUUACGAUGUCUGCAAGGAGGGGGAUGUUCUCACCCCGGAACAGGCCCGUGUCCUGAAACUCUUCGGUUAUGAGAUGGCAGAGUUUAAAGUCACCAUCAAAUUCGUGUGGAAUUCUGAGACAGGAGACUUCCAGAAGCUUGUGGGAGACACAGCAGAGGAAGAGGAGGAUAAUGAUGAUGACAGCAGUGAGGACUAGCAGUGUGGACACGAGGCAAUUUUACUCUAUUUUAGAGACAAAAAGAGGAGGAUGUUUCUCGGACCUGUUUGCAGCUGGACAAGGGUGAUCAGCUCAAAUGUGCUCUUUGUAAAAAAUUAUCUAACUGUGCUUUUUUUAUAUAUAUAUAAAUCUGUAUACAAAACUUCA